AUGUGGAGACGAACCUACCUGCUCUUACUACUGAUCCGUGUUUACUUCGCGCUAUCGCCCAGCUAUUUGCAUCCCGAUGAGAAUUUCCAGGGCCCCGAGGUUUAUGCCGGCCGCAUAUUCGGCUAUUCAUCCAAACUCCCCUGGGAAUUUACCGUCGACCACCCCAUCCGCAGCAUUUUCCCACUAUGGCCCACCUACGAGGUCCCCAUGAGCCUGCUGAAAUGGUUCUACACCGAGAUCGGGGCCGGCAACCCGCCACCACAGCUGGUGUACUACGCCCUACGCGGAGGCAUGUUCUUGCUGAGCUUUGUGCUAGAGGACUGGGCGAUCUAUGAGCUGGUUCCGUCUCCGCGCCACCGGCGGGCGACGGUCGUCCUGGUGGCCUCGUCGUAUGUCACCUGGACAUAUCAGACGCACACCUUCUCCAACUCCCUGGAGACACUGCUAGUGGCAUGGGGCUUGGUUCUGAUUCGGCGCAUUGUCGAGAACAAGCAACGCUCGUCGUUCUUUUCCUGCGCCGUGCUAUCGUUCAUCGCAGUGACCGGUGUCUUUAACCGCAUUACCUUCCCUGCCUUCCUUCUGAUCCCGGGUCUACAAUUGCUGCCGUACUUCCAGCGCAAGCCAACCUCUCUCGCAGCAAUCCUCGGCUUCGGCGCCCUCUUCGCCUCAAUAGCAAUCUAUACAGACACAGCCUUCUACCGACCCUCGAGCUCCCUCCUUUCCAUAAUCCGCAACCCCAUCAUUACCCCGCUAAACAACCUCCUCUACAACACCGACACCACCAACCUAGCCACACACGGCCUACACCCACACCACCAACACUUCACCGCAAACCUGAUCCAACUGCUCGGCCCCGCCUACAUCGUCAUGAUUCUCUCCCUCUUCCGUUGGCCGCUCGUGCCCUCCUGGCUGCGCAACGCGCGCGCCGUCUCCGCCGUCUCCGCAACCCUCCUCCUCUCGAUCUUCCCACACCAGGAACCCCGCUUCCUAAUCCCUUGCGUCCCACUGCUCCUCAGCUGCAUCCGCGUGCACCGCUCGCGCGUCUUCCUCGCGGCGUGGAUCAUCUUCAACGCAUUCAUGGGCCUCCUCAUGGGCGUCUACCACCAGGGCGGCGUGGUACCCGCCCAGCUCGCCAUGCGCGACAUCGUCGCCGCCAACACCGCCGCUCAGGGUGUAAAAGCCUAUCCCGAUGCAUCAGUCUUCUGGUGGAAGACGUAUUCCCCGCCGCAGUGGCUCCUCGGCGCGGACGGCAACAGCUCCAGCUCCGCCGCGGGACCCGCGCACAUCGACACCCUCGAUCUCAUGGGCAUCCCAGGCGCCGAGCUCAUCCAGCGCCUCGACGCGACCGUCCCGCACUGCGGCGCUGUCUCGCCCGUGUACCUCGUCGCGCCGACAUCGGCUACCUUCCUGGACGAGUACACUGCUACGGGGACGCCGCGCGCCCCGAACCUCCAGCUCUACCGCCUGUGGACAUACCGCAAGCAUCUCAAUCUGGAUGAUUUGGACUUCGGUGAUGAUGGCGUCUUGCCGACGCUGUCGCGGGUGAUUGGGCGCCGCGGGCUAGGCGUCUGGUCUGUGCGGCGGUCUUGCUAA